AUGGACCAGCCAACUCAUGAAGACAAUGUGAUGAUAGAUGAGCCAGCUGCUGAAGAUGUCUUAACCAUACCAGAAGGUCCUAUUACUCGUUCAAGGAGUAGACAACUCAAGAAAGCCAUUGGAGGAUUACUCAUGAUAGCCUGGAAGCAAGAAGAAGGUACUAUGGCUGGAGAUGAAGAAGAGGAUGCAGGUGUUAGUCUAGAGCAUAAAGCCUUGCUUGAAGCUUUAACUCGCCGUAUGCACACUAUGAUGGAAACAAGAUUGGGUACCUUCCGCGAAGAGCUUGAUGCUCAGUCUUCAGAACCUAGACGUGAUCCAAGGCAGAACCGACGAGAACCGGCUAGAAGAGAGCAUGAUGGUUCAGAAGAGACUGACAACUACUAUGAAAGAGAACGGCACAGCUCAGACUCUAGACACAGCAGCCGUAGCAACCGAAGGCACAGGCGUGAGCAUCGUCCACGCAAUGAACUAGCUGGAUUGAAGCUAAAAAUCCCUCCUUUCCAUGGCAAGGCUGAUCCAGAUGCUUAUCUUGAGUGGGAGAAGAAGAUUGAGCUAGUUUUCAACUGUCAACACUACACUGAGCUUAAGAAGAUUCAAGUGGCUGCUACUGAAUUCUAUGAUUAUGCCUUGAGCUGGUGGGAUCAGUUGGUUACAAACAAGAGGCGUAAUGGUGAGUACCCUAUUGAGACUUGGGCUGAGAUGAAAGCUGUGAUGCGCAGGAGGUUUGUGCCAAACCAUUACCAUCGUGAUCUCCAUCAAAGACUAAGAAAGCUCACACAAGGAUCACGAUCAGUAGAAGAGUACUUCCAAGAGAUGGAGUUGUUGAUGUUGAGAGCUUGCAUAUCAGAAGAUAGAGAGGCUACUAUGGCUCGGUUCCUUGGAGGACUUAACCGUGAGAUACAAGACAAUGUAGAGAUGCAACACUAUGUUGAGCUAGAAGAGAUGCUACACAAAGCGAUUCUGGUGGAGCAGCAAGUUAAGAGAAAGCAUCAGUCACGAGGAAGCUAUGGUACCAGCAAGUAUCAGCAGGCUAAAGAGGAGAAACCAGCGUAUCAUAAGGAUAAUAAGCUUCAGCCAAAAGAAGAUACCAAGCCAGGCAGUACUAUCAGCAAAGACAAAGGGAAAACUGAAGCUACUUCUUCACGAGCCAGGGAUGUCAAGUGUUUCAAAUGUCAAGGACGUGGUCACUAUGCUAAUGAGUGCACUAACAAGCGAGUCAUGAUCCUCUUGGACAAUGGAGAGUAUGAAUCUCAGGAUGAGAAGCUUGAGGAUGAUCAGGAGCUUUCAGAUGAAGAGUAUGAAGAAGAACCAGUUCAGGGAAGAUUGUUGGUUGCAAGAAGGACUCUCAGCUUGCAAAAUAAAACCGUGGAGCUUGAGCAGAGAGAGAACUUUGAGACCAUGGUGAAGAAGCUUGGAUUAGAAACUCAGAAACAUCCUAAACCUUACCGGCUGCAGUGGCUUAAUGAAGAGGGUGAGAUGAGAGUAUCCACACAAGUCUCUGUACCAUUCUCCAUUGGUAGGUAUGAAGAUGAGAUUCUCUGUGAUGUGAUACCAAUGGAAGCAAGUCACAUCUUGCUUGGUAGGCCGUGGCAAUUUGAUAGAAAAGUCACACAUGAUGGCUUUGCAAAUAAGCAUUCUUUUGAGUUCAAUGGUAGGAAGACUACUCUGGUGCCUCUGACUCCUAAGGAAGUGCAUCAAGAUCAGUUGCAGCUUCAAAAGAAGAAAGAAAUCGAUCUCAAACCAGAGAAGAACAAGCAGCACAACUUCUAUGCCAAACAUGAGUCCUUGUGCUGUACCAGUGCUCCUUGUACCCAAGAAGGAUGGAAGCUGGCGCAUGUGUGUGAUUGUAGAGCAAUCAACAAUAUAACAGUGAAGUAUCGCCACCCUAUUCCUAGAUUAGAUGAUAUGCUUGAUGAGUUGCAUGGUUCUAGCAUCUUUUCUAAGAUAGAUUUGAAAAGUGGAUAUCAUCAAAUUAGGAUGAAAGAGGGAGAUGAGUGGAAAACAGCCUUUAAGACUAAGCAUGGUUUGUAUGAGUGGUUAGUGAUGCCCUUUGGCUUAACUAAUGCUCCUAGUACUUUUAUGAGAUUGAUGAAUCAUGUGCUUAGAUCCUUUAUAGGAUUGUUUGUGGUAGUUUAUUUUGAUGAUAUCCUUGUGUACUCUAAGAGCUUAGAAGAGCAUAUAGUUCAUCUUAGGACUGUUCUUGAUGUUUUGAGAAAAGAAAAGCUCUUUGCUAACCUCAAAAAGUGCACUUUCUGUACGGAUAACUUGGUCUUCCUAGGUUUUGUUGUGAGUGCAGAUGGAGUAAAGGUGGACCAGGAGAAGGUAAAAGCUAUACAAGAGUGGCCAAUUCCUAAGACCAUAAGUGAAAAGGAAGUCGGUUUCAAAUGGGGAGAAGCACAAGAACUUGCCUUUCAAUGCCUAAAAGAGAAGCUUACUCAUGCCCCUCUUCUCAUACUUCCUGAUUUUAAUAAAACUUUUGAAAUAGAAUGUGAUGCCUCAGGAAUUGGUAUUGGUGCUGUGCUUAUGCAGGAAAGAAGACCCAUAGCAUACUUCAGUGAGAAACUUGGAGGAGCAACUCUCAACUAUGCUACCUAUGACAAGGAACUCUAUGCUUUAGUAAGGGCUUUGCAGACCUGGCAACACUAUCUAUGGCCCAAGGAGUUUGUCAUACACACUGAUCAUGAAUCUCUCAAGUACCUCAAGGGCCAGAAUAAGCUCAGCAAGAGACAUGCAAGAUGGGUCGAGUUCAUUGAAACCUUUCCUUAUGUAAUCAAAUACGAAGCUUAUAAAUCGUGUGAGAAGUAUGCUGCUGGGCAUUACUUUAGGCAGGAUGGGUUCUUAUUCUAUGAUAAUAGACUGUGUGUGCCUAACUCUAAGUCAAAGAUCCAACCCCACGGUUUGUAUACUCCUUUACCUAUUCCUACUCACCCUUGGAAUGAUAUAUCUAUGGACUUUGUUGUCGGAUUGCCAAGGACCAAGACAGGUAAGGAUUCUAUCUUUGUGGUUGUGGAUAGAUUUUCUAAAAUGGCACACUUCAUUGCUUGUCAUAAGACUGAUGAUGCUUUACAUGUUGCAAACCUGUUCUUUAAAGAGAUUGUGCGCAUUCAUGGUAUGCCUAGGACUAUAGUUUCUGAUAGAGAUACUAAGUUUCUUAGUUAUUUUUGGAAAACUCUUUGGUCUAAGCUAGGUACUAAGCUAUUAUUCUCUACUACAUGUCAUCCACAAACUGAUGGGCAGACUGAGGUAGUCAAUAGAACUCUUGGAACUCUCUUGCGUGCAUUCAUUAAAAAGAAUCUGAAAUCAUGGGAAGAGUACUUGCCUCACUGUGAAUUUGCUUAUAAUCAUGCCCAGCACUCUGCAUCUAAGUAUUCUCCUUUUGAAAUUGUUUAUGGGUUCAAUCCCAUCUCUCCUUUGGAUCUAAUGCCUUUACCUGAGUGUGCUAGGGUCAGUAUGGAUGGGAAAAAGAAAGCAGAGAUGGUGCAGCAGAUCCAUGAGCAGGCUAGAAAGAAUAUUGUUGAGAAGACAAAGCAGUACACUAAGAAAGCAAACAAGGGCAGGCGCGAGAUGAUCUUUGAUGUAGGAGAUAUGGUGUGGGUUCAUUUGCGCAAGGAGAGGUUUCCCAAAGAAAGAAAGUCCAAGCUGAUGGCGAGGAUAGAUGGCCCAUUUGAAAUCAUCCAGAAAAUCAAUGACAAUGCCUACAAGAUUGAUCUUCAAGAUGAGCUUGAUUUGAGGUCAAAUCCUUUUCAAGAAGGAGGGGAUGAUGUGAUCAUGGACCAGCCAACUCAUGAAGACAAUGUGAUGAUAGAUGAGCCAGCUGCUGAAGAUGUCUUAACCAUACCAGAAGGUCCUAUUACUCGUUCAAGGAGUAGACAACUCAAGAAAGCCAUUGGAGGAUUACUCAUGAUAGCCUGGAAGCAAGAAGAAG